UGGCUCCCCCACCCCCGCGCGGCCCUCCCGGAAGUGGGGGCGGGCCCCACCUCCGCCGCACAGACCCCGCCCGUCUGGCCCGGGGCCUGCCGCCUCACCUCUCGGAGCCUAAGUUUCUGCAGCCACGGAAUGGGGCGGGCGCCCCCAGCCGGGCCUUCUUCCCAGGCAUUUGCAGGACCCGAGAUGCCGUGCUGCUCUCCGUGAGCUGGUCAUCGAGUGUGCCUCCUGCAGCCUUGUGAACCUCCGGCUGUGUGCGGGCUCCGCGGUGCUCCUUGCCAAGAUGAAGUGCGUCUUAGUGGCCACAGAAGGUGCAGAGGUCCUCUUCUACUGGGCAGACGAGGAGUUUGCCGAGAGUCUGCGGCUGAAGUUCGGGUUUGAGGGAGAAGAGCUUCCUCCCGUGGAGGACCAGCUCAGCACCCUCCUGGCCCCAGUCAUCAUCUCCUCCAUGACCAUGCUGGAGAAGCUCUCAGAUACAUACACGUGCUUCUCAACGGAAAAUGGCAACUAUCUGUACGUCCUUCACCUGUUUGGAGAAUGCCUGUUCAUUGCCAUCAAUGGAGACCACAUGGAGGGCGAGGGUGACCUGCGGCAGAAGCUGUGCGUGCUCAAGUACCUGUUCGAGGUGCACUUCGGGCUGGUCACCAUGGAUGGCCAGCUCAUCCGAAAGGAGCUGCGGCCCCCGGACCUUGAGCGGCGCAUCCAGGUGUGGGAGCACUUCCAGAGCCUGCUGUGGACGUACGGCCGCCUGCGGGAGCAGGAGCAGUGCUUCGCUGUGGAGGCUGUGGAGCGGUUGAUUCACCCUCAGCUCUGUGAGCUGUGCAUAGAGGCCCUGGAGCGGCACGUCAUCCAGGCUGUGAACUCCAGCCCCGAGAGGGCCGGCGAGGAGGCCCUGCACGCCUUCCUGCUUGUACACUCCAAGCUGCUGGCCUUCUACUCCAGCCACAGUGCCAGUUCCCUGCGCCCAGCUGACCUCCUCGCCCUCAUCCUCCUGGUCCAGGAUCGCUACCCCAGCGAGAGCACAGUGGAGGAUGACGACCCUCAGCCUUCCCCGCAGAAGCCAUGGAGCAGCCAGAGCAUCCCCGUGCAGCAGGCCUGGGGCCCUGCUUCCACAGCUCGGGCCAGGAGGAGUUCUGCAGCAACCGAGACGGACAGCUUCUCCCUCCCUGAGGAGUACUUCACACCAGCUCCUUCCCCUGGGGAGCACAGCUCAGGUAGCACCGUCUGGCUGGAUGGGGGCACCCCACCCACGGAUGCUCCCCAGGUCCAGAUAGCUGAAGACACCCUCCAGACACUGGUGCCUCCCUCCCCAGUCGCUUCCGGCCCCAGAAGGGUUUUCCUAGAUGCCAACGUGAAGGAGAGCCACUGCCCCAUGGUGCCCCACACCGCCUACUGCCUGCCCCUGUGGCCGGGCAUCAACAUGGUGCUCCUGACCAAGGGCCCCAGCACCCCCCUGGCCCUCGUCCUGUACCAGCUGCUGGACGGGUUUUCCCUACUGGAGAAGAAGCUGAAGGAGGGGCAGGAGGCCGGGAGCACCCUGCGGUCCCACCCCUUCAUGGGCGACCUGCGGCAGAGGAUGGAUAAGUUUGUCAAGAAUCGCGGGCGGCAAGAGAUUCAGAGCACCUGGCUGGAGUUCAAGAGCAAGGCUUUCUCCAGGAGUGAGCCUGGAUCGUCCUGGGAGCUGCUCCAGGCGUGUGGGAAGGUGAAGCGGCAGCUUUGUGCCAUCUACCGUCUCAGCUUCCUGACCGCAGCUCCAGGCCGGGGGGGCCCCCAUCUGCCGCAGCAGCUGCAGGGCCAGGUGCAGGCCAUCAUGCAAGAGAAGCUGAUGGACUGGAAGGACUUCUUGUUGGUGAAGAGUAGGAGGAACGUCACCAUGGUGUCCUACCUAGAAGACUUCCCGGGCUUGGUGCAUUUCAUCUAUGUGGACCGCACGACCGGCCAGAUGGUGGCCCCUUCCCUCAGCAGCAGUAAAAGGAUUUCGUCGGAGCUGGGCAGGGGGCCACUGGCCACCUUCAUCAGAACCAAGGUCUGGUGUCUGAUCCAGCUGGCGCGCAGAUACUUGCAGAAGGGCUACAGCACGCUGCUGUUCCGGGAGGGCGACUUCUGCUUCUCCUACUUCCUGUGGUUCGAGAACGAGAUGGUGGGUGCGGCCAGGUCCCGGGGCAGGACCGUCCCGAAAUGCUUUCCUCUCUGCUCACUCCGGGACCCCUUUCUUCUGCACUGCGUUCAGUCUGUCUGUCUCUCAUCUCUUCUCGUCCCUAGUGGAGCUGACAGGGAGGCACAGCUGUGGGCACCCAGACCUCGGGGGUCCCGUGUUCAGGGGCGCUUUGUGACCCCUCCAGCAGCUGUCUGAACGACUCGUGCUGUCACUCAAGGCGGUGUCCAGGUCGCACGCGAACACAUGGACGCAUGCCCCUCGAGAACGGCUGCUCACACUUGCUUCCGCGUCGCCAGCUGCGCUUACAGAGCACGGCACGCUGUCGUUCCCAUUGUAGAGGCUGAUAAACCGAGGUUCAGAGCCGUGUAGCAACCUGUGCAAGGUGAAGAGGACAGUAUGGCCUCCUGGCCCGGUACUUCUCGCUCUAGACCUCACUGUUACUCCAGUGUAAGCACAGGUCAUGGGAGCUCACUGCCUGUUUCUCUCUCUCUCUUCUUUCUUUCCUGUUUCUCUUUGUUUUCUCCUCACUUGUCACUUUGAGUCCGUGUUCCAGCUCUCUGUCCAUUUCUUCUGCCCCUCACGCCCCCUCCACCCCCACCGGGCCCUGCCCUCUCCCUGGCAGCAGCCCUCCUUCGCUCUGCCCUGAGAGUGAUGGCCAGCACCUUCCAGAGUACAGGCUUCUUCCUGGGUCUCAACCUCCCGUCCUCCCAGCCUGUGCCAUGGUUGGGGCAGGGAUCAUUGGCCCCAUUUUACAGAUAGAGACACUGAUGCCUGGAGAUCAAACUCCGUGCCCAGGGCCACCAAGGUCAUAAAUGAAGAAGCCAGAACCCAGGCUCGGCUCUCCUGGCCGACAGGCUCCCGUCGGCGCUCUGAGCCCAGGAUGUGUGUAUGACCUUUACCUUAGCUUCUAGGGAGAGGCAGGGCUUUGUGUGUGUGGCUGUCCCGACGGAGUGACAGACUGCAGUAGGGCUGUGGGGGGCAGAGCCAGCUGUGGAGGCUGCCUGUCCUGUGCCGUCUUGGGCAGCCGCCUAGCACGCUGAGUGUACCUCCUUGCCCGCAGGACGGGCCCACGGUGCCCACAUGAGCAUGGAGACAAGCCCCAUGACCGUGCCCGACGCACAGUGGCUGCCCAGAGCAUCUUAAUUCCCUCUCCUCCUUUUCCUUUUUUUUUUUUUU